CAACAACCCCGUUUUUAUUUUCGCCAAUAUUCAAAAUGAGACUCGACGCAAAGGCCCUGCGGUACAUGAGCAGCGACGACUUCCGCGUUCUGACAGCGAUCGAGGUCGGCUCACGCAACCACGACAUUGUGCCCGCCCCGCUUAUCGCGCAGCUCUCGCACAUCCGCGGCGGCGGCGUCAACCGGUACAUCGGCGACCUGAUCAAGCGCAAGCUGAUCGCCAGCGAGACCAAUUCCAAAUAUGUCGGAUACAAGCUGAUCUACGCCGGCUACGACUACCUGGCGCUGAAGACGCUCAGCAAGCGCGGCACGGUGACCUCGGUCGGCAACCAGAUUGGCGUGGGCAAGGAGUCUGACAUUUUCGUCGUCGCCGGCGAGGACGAGGAGCAGGUGGUGCUCAAGGUCCAUCGGCUCGGGCGCCAGUCAUUCAGGAACGUCAAAAACAAGCGCGACUACUUCCGCCAGGACCAGUCGCCCUCGUGGAUGUACAUGUCGCGGCUGUCGGCCAUGAAGGAGUUUGCGUUCAUGAAGGUGCUGUACGAGCACGGGUUCCCCGUGCCCAAGCCCAUCGACCAGAACAGGCACGUUGUCGUCAUGGGCCUCGUCGACGCGUUCCCGCUGCGCCAGAUCACCGAGGUCGGCGAGCCCGGCAAGCUGUACUCGACCCUGAUGGACCUGAUCGUGCGCCUGGCCAAGCACGGCCUGAUCCACGGCGAUUUCAACGAGUUCAAUAUCCUGCUGCAGGAGAACGGCGAGCCCGUCCUGAUCGACUUCCCCCAGAUGGUCUCCACGUCGCACCCGAAUGCAGAGUACUACUUUAACCGCGACGUCGACUGCAUCCGCACCUUCUUCAAGCGCCGCUUCAACUACGAGAGCGUGCUUUACCCAAAGUUCCGCCUUGACGCCGACAAGGACUUUAAUCUCGAUGUCCAGGUCGCUGCAAGCGGGUUCACAAAAAAGGACCAGGCCCAGCUUGAGAAGUACCAGGAAGAUGUUGGUGCCAACCAAAAUGAGGGCGAGACACGCAGCGACUACUACGACAGCCACGAGGAUGUCAGCGACGAAGAAUUUGUCUAUUCAGGCGACGAAGCCGGCAGCGAGGAAGACGAGGGUGAGCCAAGCACCAAGGGCAAGGAGACCGCCGACAGUGGCGACGGCGACGACGAGAGCGACAGCGACUUCAUUAUCGAGACCGACAAGCUCGGCAACACGGUCCGGCGGAGACGCACCCCGGCCGAUGUCGAUGGCAACUAAUAUGCGAAAGUAUUGAUUUUUAACUGAAACUUUUAUAAAGACAGCGCAUUAAACAAAAUAGUA